GACAUCAUUAAAUACCGGAGAGGAAUACCGGGAGACCUUAGAGGGUUUGAUUUAGCGAUGAGGAUUUCCUGUCGGAUGCGGCAAACCGACAUCAUUGUUCUGCAGAUAUAACUGAAAGUUUGGUCGUUCUGGAAGGACUCUAUCUGUAAAUCAAAGCCAUGGGGAAGGAUUACUAUAAGAUCCUUGGCAUAACUUCAGGCUCUAAUGAAGAUGAAAUCAAAAAGGCCUACAGAAGGAUGGCCCUAAAGUUCCAUCCAGACAAAAACAAGGAUCCCAAUGCUGAAGAGAAGUUUAAAGAGAUAGCAGAGGCUUAUGAGGUUCUGAGUGACCCAAAGAAGAGAGUCAUCUAUGACCAAUACGGCGAGGAUGGUUUGAAAACAGGUGGCACAGGCUCAUCUAGUGGACAAGGGACCACAUAUCACUACACCUUCCAUGGGGAUCCACAUGCCACCUUUGCUUCUUUCUUUGGAGGCUCCAACCCCUUUGAUAUAUUCUUUGGCUCUGGACGCCAACGGGGAACCACCAAUGGCACUAAUGACCAUGGUGGCGAUCAUGACAUGGACAUUGACAUGGAUGGAGAUGAUGAUCCUUUCAGUUCCUUUAGCCACUUUGGCUUCAAUGGUAUCAACGGUUUUCAUCACGGUGGAGGUCGAAGACAUCGUAAUGAGCCUCUUCAUGGUGGCCGGAGGAAAGUACAGGACCCACCAGUGGUACAUGAGCUUAAAGUGUCUCUAGAGGAGAUCUUCCAUGGAUGUACCAAGCGGAUGCGAAUCACUCGCCGAAGGCUGAACCCAGAUGGAAGGACAAUGAGGACAGAGGACAAGAUCCUUAACAUUGUCAUCAAGAGAGGCUGGAAGGAAGGGACCAAGAUCACCUUCCCCAAAGAGGGUGAUGAGACACCUGAAAACAUUCCUGCUGAUAUUGCAUUUGUGCUCAAAGACAAAGGGCACCCACUCUUCAAAAGAGAUGGAUCCAACAUCAUUUACACAGCCAAGAUUGGUCUUAAGGAGGCAUUGUGUGGCUGUACGGUGAACAUUCCCACCAUUGACAACCGAGCGAUCACAUUGCCCUGCAACGAUAUCAUCAAACCAGGCACAAUCAAGAGACUGCGUGGAGAAGGCCUACCUUUCCCAAAAAAUCCGUCUCAACGCGGGGAUUUGAUAGUGGAGUUCCAGGUGCGCUUCCCAGACAGAAUACCACCCCAGUCCAGAGAGAUCAUCAAACAGCACCUACCACAGUCUUAGAGGAAGUUCAGUGGAUUCACUGUAUGGUUACCACACACCGUUUUCCCCAAAAAAACAGACGCUGAAUUCGAAGAGGGACAAAUAUGUCGUAAGGACCAGAGGCUCAUUUGAUAUUUUGUUGCAGUUUUACCUAAUUUAUUAUCACUUUCUCUGAACAUGUGGAACGCUGAUUUUUUGGGAUUUUGAAGUAGUUUGUGUUUAUGCCGUGGCUCAUGACUUUCAACCAGGAUUUUAUUUUUAGAAAUAUUUUUUUAUUAUAAUUAUUUCCCCUUAACGGUUUUUAUUCUCUUUAUCAGCAUGUUGAAGGCAAACACUUACAAGAAAGACAGAGUGACUGAUUUGUUAUAUGGAAGGUUAAUAUUUUUAGUGCAAUGAUGGAUACGAGGAUAAUCUAACAACAGCUGGCUAUUUAUUCUGGAUUUGAAUCUGUUAUUUUGUAGCAGAUUAAAUUCCCUUCCCUUGUAAUAAUCGAUAAUCUCAUUUUAAAUGAAGUGGUCUAUGUAAGACAACUGCAGUGUUGGAGACUUCUGGAUUUGUAGGAUUUUUGAGCACCAGCAGAGCCAUCUGGUAACUAUUUGAUAUAUUUCCACUCCCUCACGCAUCUCAACAGUCUACAGGUGCUUUCUGGUAGUUCUUGAAGUAUCAGGUACUGGCAUUUAUGGUGGUGUGAUUACAGGAUUUUUGAGGUCACAGAAAUUUUGAGUGCCUUAAUGUGGCUCAAACCAGCUAUUUGCUAUUUUCAUUAGGCUAUUGUUGAAAAAAUACUCUAAUCAGAUUAAUUGGUCAUUUUUGUACCCAAAAACAAUGUAUAGCAGUAACCAUCAUUACAGAGAUAGUUUACUCAAAAAGGACAAAUUGGAAGGAAGAAUGUAGUCAUCUUCAUGGUGCUGUUAACAUAUAAUGUUAUAUUGUUUCUGUGGUACACAUGAGGAGUUAGCUAGCAGAAUGUCUAGGCUGUUUUUCCAAACAAUGAAAAGUAGAUGAUGACUUUGUGAAGCCAAAAAAUGUUAAAUAUACUAUAUUCUAAAGUGGAAGAAAGUCUUCUCUCUCUCUCUCUCUCUCUCUCUCU